CGGAUCAGGUUGGAGGUCCACUCUGGUUGUAUUUUCCAUCAGAGGAGGCAGCAGGACCGACUGCAGGAAGGAAGAAAUCACUUCCUCCACUGCGCUCUCCCGGUUUUCUCUGGCUGCCUCGGUGACGAAUGGCUGCCCUCGGAGAAAAUUAGCUCAAUUCUCCUCUCACACUCAAAAAAAAAAUUAAAAGAAAGAUAUCCUGACCAGUGGCUGCUUUUUGAGCAUUUCCAGACCGACUGUGACCAAACUUGACGUUCAGCCAAAGGAACCCGAACCUCAUGAUUCGGGGCAAGAGAGUCAACGGUGCAUCUGCAAAUGAAGCGGCAGAGCGGUUUGUGCAGCUGGAGAAGCUUUUGUCCUCUGUUGGAGCGCGACCAUAAUGGUUCCCACUGAGAACACAAGUGUUUUCUCGCCAGAUGACUUCUGCCCCAACUGCAGCUCGUCCGCCCAGUCCGAGGUGCAUGUGGCGAAGGCGGUGGCGUUGGCGGCGGUGCUGGUGGUGUUUCUGUUGUUCGGCGUCCUUGGUAACAUCCUGGUCAUCCUGUCCGUGCUGCUCCAUCACCAGUGGCGAUCCGUAACGCAUUAUUUCAUCGCCAACCUGGCAGCGGCGGACCUCUUGCUGAGUUCGGCCGUGCUGCCGUUCUCGGCCACCUCGGAGGCGCUGGGCCGGUGGGUGUUCGGACGCUCCUUCUGCAACGUCUGGGCCGCCCUGGACGUCCUCUGCUGCACCGCCUCCAUCCUCAGCCUCUGCGUGAUUUCCAUCGACCGCUACCUGGCGGUGAGCUACCCCCUGCGCUACCCGGCGAUCGCCACCGGACGGCGCGGCCUGACGGCGGUGGCGGCCCUCUGGGGAGUCUCCGCUGCAAUAUCGGUGGGCCCGCUGUUCGGCUGGAAGGAGCCCGACCCGGAAGACGAAACAGAGUGCCGAAUCACGCAGGAACCUGGAUACGCCUUGUUUUCCGCGUUGGGGUCUUUCUACAUACCGCUAGCCAUCAUCCUGGCCAUGUACUGCCAAGUCUACACCGUGGCGAGACGAGAAACCAAAAGCAUCAGGGAGAGCACGAAGGGAGAGGAGGUGGAGAUGGGAGGAGUCACGCUGAGGAUGCACAGGGGAAACGCGGCGGCUCAGGCGGGGAAACACGAAGAUGGCGAGGAGGCGGGGACGCACAAGCGGCCGUCGUUUCCUCUGCCGAAGCUGCUGAGGUUCUCAGGGGAAGAAAAGGCGGCCAGGACGCUGGGCAUAGUGGUCGGCUGCUUCAUCCUGUGCUGGCUCCCCUUUUUCCUGGUUUUACCAAUUGGCUCCAUCUUCCCAUCCUGUAAGCCUCCUGAAACCAUCUUCAAGAUAACCUUCUGGCUGGGUUACCUCAACAGCUGCAUCAACCCCAUCAUCUACCCGUGCUUCAGCAGGGAGUUCAAAAAAGCUUUCCACAACAUGCUGAGAGGGCGCUGCGUAAGAACCGCUGUCCCCGUUACCAAGCAAGGACACAUCGCCGCUCAUUCCUCCAGCCCAGGUCCAACAUCCAACGCGUCCGUUAGCUCCGUCCAAAACCGCGCCGCCGCCGCUUCUUCUUCAUGGGCUUGCUGCAGGACUCUGUCAACGUCAUCAUCGUCUGUUGGCGGUCAAGACCCGGAUCGGGUUGGACACGUUCAGGGGAAAGGUCUGUUAAAGGCCUGGUGCCUUUCAGCCCAGCGAACCACGGUACCUCAGAACUCAUCCACAAACGGGUCAGCUAAAGUCUUACACCUCUCUCUUGGCAUUUCCGGCGACGCCGUUUAAUUGGGUUCUCAGAGUUCGGGACAUUCAGUCUUGUUAUCAAGCCUCCUUGGAGGAACAAUUAUCUACAACUCUGUCGUCAAACGCGAGAUAAAAAUGACUGCAGAAAGAAAAACAUGCAUGCUCAGCAGGAAACUUCUGGACCCGUUCUGCUGUUGGACUGAGCCAAGCCUGAACACAAAGAUAGACGCCAUUUCCUUGUAUGCUUGCCAAGGAUUAAAAGAGAUGCAAGCAAUCUGC